AUGGUGUUUAUCAAGUUAAUACUCAGCGUGUAUCUCGCAGCUAGACUGGUUGAUUGUUUGGUUGUAUUGGAACCAAUAUCGACUCUAUAUUUACCGUAUAUGUACGACGAACAUGAUCAUGGCGUGUAUGGUCUUGGCAAAAACGCCGCUGAACAGUUGGCUUAUGAUGAUGCAGCAAAGCUUGUCUACGUAGUAGGUGACUCCGCCAUCCACAUUAUUGAUGUUGCUGACACGGACAACCCGACCAUAAUCUACCAUGCCAAUACUGAUCGAAUUGCCACGGAUGUAGAGAUUUGUGGAGACUAUGUCGCAAUUACGAAAGGUGCAACCCAUAAGGUAACCCCGGGCAACCUGUAUAUAUAUAAUCGAUAUGACAGGUCCGGUGUAUGGAAUCCCAUUGAAGAUAUUCAAGUCGGUGCAUUGCCUGAUAUGCUUCACUUCACCAAAGACUGCAGCACUAUCGUCGUGGCGAACGAAGGUGAACCUGGGAAAUCACCCGAUUCAUGGGAUAUCAUCGAUCCAGAAGGAACGAUUUCAAUAAUAUCAUUGUCACCGCCAGCAUCCACGAUCAGAACCGCUGACUUUACAUCAUUUAAUAACAGAAAACAGAAAUAUUUGGAAGCUGGGGUAAGAGCUCCCUUAUUGGGACAAUUCCCAAAUAUAUCAACUAGCUUCUCACAGAAUAUGGAACCCGAAUAUAUUGCCUUUAAUGAGAAACAGACGACUGCUUAUGUAACACUACAGGAGAAUAAUGCGAUUGCCGAGGUGGACAUAACAAGUGCACGGGUCAAAGAAAUACACCCACUUGGUUUCAAGAAUCACAGAAUUCAUGCUUUAGAUGCAAGUGAUAGAGAUGGCGAAAUAAACAUACAAACAUGGCCUAUACUGGGAAUGUACCAACCUGAUGCAGUGGUGAGUGUGACGAUAGGAAGGAAUGAAUAUUUGGCAAUAGCAAACGAAGGUGACGCCAUGGAAAUAAAGUUUGAAUUUGGCGAACCCUGGGAAGAAGUAAUGGACGGGAAAGACUUUUAUGAUGAUGACCUCAUUAGCUCUUCAGUGUCAGAUGAGCUGAAGAACGCUCUCGGAGAUACGUCAAAGUUGGGUCGACUUGGAUUUAGCAAAGUUGACAACAAAACGGACAAGUAUGACACAUUUUAUUCUUAUGGCGGCAGAAGUUUUUCGGUUGUCAGAACUAAAAAUAUGAAGAUGGUGUACGAUAGCGGGUCAGAAAUGGAAGACAUUAACGAAGCAUCGUAUCCAACUAUUUUCAAUAUGAAUGGAAAUUUCUACGACCCUGCGGCAACCCCCGAAAGUAUGAAAGAUACUAGAUCAGAUAACAAAGGACCGGAACCGGAAUCGUUGAGUCAUGGCCAAGUUAAUGGUAAAGAUAUUCUAUUUAUUGGUCAAGAACGAAUGAGUACUAUCAUUCUUUAUCACAUAUAUGAACAAAACGGAAAGUUCCAAGCUGAUUUUGAGAGCGUCUACCGCCCCGGUAAAAUUGAUCAAACUUUCCACAGCCUUUACCAAUCCCGGCAAUACGGUGAUGGUGAUCCCGAAGAUUUGAAGUAA